ACUUUGUGCUAAUGCAAUGAUUUAUGCAUCUUAAUCUCAGCUGUGUUCAUUUCAUUUUAGCACAGUAACGGUUUUCCGUUAACGUUGUUCCUUGGCAUGCUCAUCAUGAAUCGUAUUAGUCAGUCUUACUGAUCUCAGAGAUGUGGGUGAAAGUAACUGUGUCUUUAUUUCCCGUGUAAUGAUCCGUAACAGACACUUUUAAACUUAGAUGUGUGAAUAAAGAAAGCAGUAAUACGGGAACAAAAAUGUCUAAACAUUUCAUCGUGUGUGAUAAGCCACUGGUAAACUCGUUCAUUUCGGACAGGUCCGGUGAACUAUUGGAAUAAGGGGCGGGGUCUCGCUCAAAUAUCACCCUAUCACCCGUCCUGCCUGAGCUCCAGUCCCCGCCCUUUCAAUUACCUCUCACGGAAUGUAUUUCAUAGGCUGGGAGACACGCACCUCUCAUUCUGAUGUGAAAUUAAAAAAGUGAUGCACUGUUAUUUAUAUUACAGUAAUGUACCCAGUACAAUGAAAUAAAUCAAGAAACACUGAUAUGUUAGGCAUGUCAGACAUGAGACGGGUCUUCUUAUUUUGGCCGUAAAAGAGACAGGAGCAGUUCUCAGAAGUCGGAAGCUUGUGUUAGAGAGAGCCAGAAACCGGUUCAUUUUGCUUUUGUUCCUUUGCGUUAAAGAUUUUGGUGGAGCUUGUUUAUUUUAGAAGGUCAAGAAAGUAAGCUGUCAACCUAUGAUACUGCACGUGAGCGCGGAGCGAGCCUGCAAAUGGGCGGCAUAGGCGGCAGCUUCUAUAUCAACAUGCUCAAUGGAAGCGACGCGCAAAGUUUGGCCAAAGACGCAGAGACGAGCGGUCACCUUCACCGGAGCAAGGAGCUAGCGGACUUCAAAAUGGGCGUUCAAGACGCGAGGCUGUACUAUCCAGACUCGGUUCCUAAUGGCCAGGACAACUUUCCGCUGCCGUACCACGGCGAGCAGAGCGCUGGCGAACUCGGGGCGCAGGCGGGAAGGUUGUACUCCGCGGCGGCGGCGGCAGCGGCAGCGGCUCCGCUCGGUAACUGUGCGUUCACCCGCAGCAGCGCGGCUCAGGCUUACGCAGCGGCUGAUGGGUAUUCACCAGACUGUAAAGACGGCCACUCGGCCAGCGCGGACUCGUAUCAUGCGCACUUUCAGCAUGGCUACCCGCGCGCGCCUCUCUAUUCCUUACCUGGCCUACAGGUGUGCGGCAAGACGCAGGUGCUUCUCAAUAACUACCCGCUGUGGGCCAAGUUUCACAAGUACCAAACCGAGAUGAUCAUCACCAAACAGGGAAGGAGGAUGUUCCCUUUUCUCAGUUUUAAUAUCAGUGCUCUGGACCCCUCGGCUCACUACAACGUGUAUGUUGAUGUGGUUCUGGCUGACCAGCACCACUGGAGGUACCAGGGAGGCAAGUGGGUGCAGUGUGGCAAAGCAGAGGGCAACAUGCCAGGAAACAGGAUGUAUAUGCAUCCUGACUCUCCUAACACAGGGAAUCAUUGGAUGAGGCAGGAGGUCUCAUUUGGCAAGCUCAAACUCACCAACAAUAAGGGUGGCUCCAACAACAUGUCACAGGUAUCACUGAGAAAAAAUGUUUGUUGGCGUGUAUGUGAUCGCUUGUGGUCAGUGGUGUCUUUAUUUAUUUCCUCCUCUCAACCCAUCUCCACUCAUGUCUACUCAUAUCUCAUGUCAAAUCUCAUGUGCGCCACACAGAUGAUAGUGCUGCAGUCUCUUCACAAGUACCAGCCACGCUUGCAUAUCAUGGAGGUGAAGGAGGAUGGAACAGAAGAUCCCUUCCGCAGUUGUAAGGCGCAAACCUUCAUCUUCCCCGAGACCCAGUUCAUUGCAGUCACUGCCUACCAAAAUGCAGAUAUCACUCAGCUGAAAAUAGACCAUAACCCUUUUGCGAAAGGUUUCCGAGACAAUUAUGACACACUGUAUGCCCCGCCUGACUCGGAUCGUAUCACCCCCUCCCCCACUGAGGGUCAGCAGCUGAUGGCAGCCAGCUGCUAUCCCCGCCAACCUUACCUGGCCGAGCAGUAUAUGAGUCCACUGCAGCACAGCCGCUUCUACAGCUGUGAGCCUGUCAGCAUGGCACAGGCGUGCCCCAAAGACCCAAGUGGAAGUCACCAUGGGCGCUGGUACCUCCCUGGGCAGCAGGGAACACCCUCCAACCUACUGGACUUCACCUCUUACGAUGGUGACUAUACAGCCAACAGCCUAUACAAGCCCUUCACUUUACAGACAUCACCCCACCACCCGCUGAGCUACUAUCCUGAGAUCCCCUUCACUUCUGGGCCAAUAUCAAGUGCUAGCCCUGCCACAUGGAGCACAGCAAGACCUUCACCACAGUACCUCAGCCACUCCCACCCUGGGAAAGCCUCAUCUAGCCUGAGUUGGUUCCGCCCCAUGUCUUCUCCAGCCAUGUCAUCCUCUCCUCCAGCAAUAAAUCCCCGCCUUCACAAUUCUCCUUCAAUCCUUGAGUCCUUGAGGCUGCCGGUACUACAAGACAAGCCAAAAGAAGUGGUGGAGGACACCUGGAUGGAGACCCCCUCUGUCAAAUCAGUAGACUCGGUUGACUCUGGUCUUUUCGAGGGUGCAGAAAGCAAGAAAAGACGAGUGUCACCCUAUGCCUCCAGCACUGAGAACUCUCCUCCCAUUCGCAGCGAAGCCUGUGAGAAGGACAACAGCAGCGAUGCAGGCUACUAUGGCUUCUACAGUCACUGAGACCCAUCGACUCUGAAUUAGUGUAGCACUCCUGCUGUGUCCCACCCACAGAGCUGCACUGCCUUCUGGGACAAAGCCCAGUAGGGAGUCUAGAGGAGGGACAACAGAGGCCAGUAACAGCUAACACAGAACUCUGAAUCAUUUUUCCUUCAUAGCCCUGGUGCUAUUUUCUUUUUAUCUCUACAGUGUACUUGCUGGCCCUCUCAUGUUUGGUGUGCUUCUUCCCCAUGAUAGCGCUGUAUGGGUAAGGUCAGGUGGAGGCACUCCAGUCAUCCUGAAGGUCACUGUCAUGGUGAGGACUGGCGAGUCAAGACGAUGUGACUGGGCUGAAACACUGGCCUGGAGAUAUAUGCAUGCACACACACAGACCUGGAUGAAUUCCGGAUGUAACUGUUUAGCAUUUAAAGAAGUCUGCAUACCUGCUGACACUCCCCUCAUGGACCUUUCCAGUCUCCCAGAUCUCUCACACACACAGACGCAUACACACACACACACACACAGACACACACACACACACACACACACACAUGGUUCUCAAGAAUAUAGCUAUGUCUUUUGAGUCUACAUUAUAUUUUAUGAUUCCAGUUCAUUCACAUUUUCACUACUCCAAAUGAACCUUAGUGUGCAAUGAAAUCAGAUCAUGUAAGUGAUAAGUGCUAUUAAAGGAAACAAAGAAAAAAUCUGCAUGGAGAGGUCAGAAUGUGUUCCACUCAUCCUGUCAGCUGUCUUCCUAUCAACAUCCCAUUCUCUCUACUAAAUCGCCCUCACCAGAUCAGGGGCUGGCUCUAAUGUCAUCUUGUAGCAUAUGCCUCAGUACCAUUGUACAUUUAUGAAGUAAAUGUAAAUGUUGUUCUUCAAAUUAUGCUUUGCUGAACUUUGGAUUCAUACAUGAUGAGUUGCGGUACAAAUCAGGUGUUACAGUAUUUACGUGGUCAACACAAACACAGCAAUGUCAGUCUGAUUAGCAUCAAAAGAACAUUCUUAACCCAACAUCAGCAAGUCUCACAAAUAGGACAAGAAAGACAACAUGCAGAUAGACAGGGUGGGAAAAUGGACACCUGAAGGCGCACUGUGGUGACUGGACAUCAUAAUCAGACAACAGCAUACACACCACAGUCCUCAAUGACACAGAGGAAGAACGAGACCUCAGUCUCACCUUAUCAGGGCCUGCAGACCUCCAAAGGUGAGAAUGAACUUCGACAGCUCAGUGGGCAACAGCUAUAAGAAUGUUAACACACUGACUGUGGAGGCAAACGCACAAUAUAGGAUAAGGUUCACCUUUCAGAAUUUAGACACAUUUCAUUGGUCAUCAACUAAUGUGAUUUUUCAGUGAACUACAUAUUACAAUACUUCCCACAACAACAUAUUUUACAAUAAGACAUAAUGGUCCAGUUAACAGUAUAUGCACAUGCACUCACAGAGGGGCGAUGAUUAUUAUUAUUUUUUAUUUAUAUCUUCUUUGACCAAAUGAAAAUGGUAAACAAUUCUGUAAUAAGACUGCACUUACUUAGUAUGUACAUUGUUAAAAAUAGAAAUGCUUACAGUAUGACGUUUUAUGAAAUUGUUGUUUUAUUCCGUACUGUCAGUAUUUUAUAGAGCUUCCCAAAAAACUGUAUAGUGGAAUAUCAAAGCUUCAGUAUGUGGACUUUCAAACCAGUAAGUUUGGAUUUGCUUACCUUAAUGUGAGAGCAAUGUAUUUAUUUCAGUACUAAACCAAAUUACAUAUUAGCAAUACAAUGAAGAAGACAAUCGCAGUGAGAUAUUUCAUAUUGCUACUGCUCGGAUAUAAACAUAUUGUUAGAUAUUACUCAGGUCAAGCAUGUGCCGAUGAAUAUUCAGCUCCAUUUGUGUAAGUAAUGGAGAUGUGGAAAGUUAAUACUGAUUGAAAAUAACAGGGUUUUGUUUAUUGUUUAUUUCCUGGUUCUAAGUAGUAAGGUGCAAACAAUUGAUAGGUAUGAGCUUAACUGGACGUUAUUUUUGGUAAACUGUUUCUAAUUUCAAGUGCAAUUUAAAAAAGUGUUCAUAUUAAUUUAAGAGAACUGUAAUUAUUCAUUUUAUUUGUACAAUUAACUCAUUCUUGAACAAUUCUUGAAUAUGCAUUCAAACCAUUGUUUGAAUAUUCUAUGAUCACUGAGAACACAGGUGUACAGUAUUGUUAGGAUAAUUAUUAGGAUAUGUUUUAGGUGACCCCUAGUGGACUAUCUCCCUAUUCAGAUAUAAUAAUAGCCAUUAUUUAUCAAAGU